GUACAAUUUAGUUCAGUUCGCAGAGCCGUAAACAGCAGAUCAGAUUUCAGCGCAAAAUCAUAAUAAUGAGGAAAUAUAUAGAACUUUUCGCUUUUUUGUUGAUUCUAAAAACGAGUUUUUGUUCCAAUGAAAGACUGGAAAGUAUUAUCGAUGGUUAUGGUCAACUGAUUGAAUCAAAGGAACAGGAACUGCUAUUGCUGGAGUCGCAGAUCAACGACUUGUUAAAGAAGUUGGAUGAAAUUAAGAUCAAUAGUGGGAAUAUCUUGGAGUUGGACCAACUAAGAAAAAGUCUAAAAGAAAAUGACGAAAAACUCAAGGUCUGUGAGAGCAACUUCAAGAAUCAACAGAGCUCCCCAGGAUUCUGGAACACAAUGAAGGAAGUCAUAAAGCCAAAACUAGAGGAAAAACUUAAGUCUAUGAGUACAAAAACUGUGGAAGGCAAUGCAAAUUCUAUGGGUGCCAAAAGUGUGGAAUCCAAUGAAACCAGCACAUGGGAUACCAUUAUGAAUAAUUGGAAAGAUAUUCCCCGCCAGAUAAUCGUUUAUUUUUCAGAGAACUAAUACCUAUUUAAAUAAAAGACCACACUCAAAUACUCCAUCCCAACUACUUAUUUAUGAAUUUUAUUUAAUUGAUCCCAAAUAAUAUUUAAAUAAUGGAACACCUACCUACCACUUGAUGAAUUGACCGAUUUCCCUGUCGAAGACCAAGACAAACGAUUGCUUAUCUAAUGUCCGGCUGGUUUAUGGACCGAAUCGCAUCAUCGUAAACGUUAUUUCCAGAUUUCGACCAGCAGCAAUCAAAACAAAGCCAUCCGAGAGCCAAACGAGAAGAUGCCCAUAUAUCGUCUGAAGGAACGGGCGGUCGCAGUUCUAUGCAAUUAGAGACAGCGCCCUGAUAGAUAAAAACCGGAGGAAAAGUCCCAGAGAUGCGCUCGAACUGUAACAAAUAUAAAUAACAAA